CACCCCUUCCAUACACGUGUGUUUGUCUGUCACUGCACUGUCAGUUGCGUCAGCGUGUUUUCAGUGGCUUUCAUGGUCCAACAGCGUCAGUAUAAGAAAUGUGAAUACUUCUGUGACGACUGCUGAAGUUGCUGAUGGUAUUCACACGUCGAGCCUGUGACUAAAGAUACAUAUUGCCUGGGCCAGCACUUAGCAGCUAGCUAAUCAUGGAGCUUUCCUCAAGUGAUUACAAGAACACAGUGGUACGUUUACUGAGACGACCAACCAAUCACGAGAACGGUGAAUCAACCAUCACCACAUUUGCUACUCCUGAAAAUAACCCCCUGAAAGCUGGUAGCAGUGAGAUAAACAGCAAAAUAGGGGCACCAAUCAUUAGAAACGUGCCUUCAAGAGCAAAUAUUGCAUCAAAUCAGAGACAGAGAGAUGUUGAACAAACAAGAUUGACCGGUCAGACAAGGGUUUAUCAAAAAACCGAGUCUUUAUCAAAAUCUAAUCUGGUCAGUUUGCCUCGUGAGGAAAUUCCUUUACCAGAUUUAUCAAGUGAUAGUCAGUGGCCGAGUAUUGGUGGAGAGGAAAGUGGGAGGAGUCAGGGUGCAUCGUCUUCUGUUUCGGCCACACCAGAGGGCAAAGGAUGGAGUGCCAUUGUCAAGAGAGCUCCUACAGAAAAGAGUCUCGUUGUAAGGAGGAAGGAGCCGACGAUUGCAACAGAAGGUGCUAAUGAGUGUGGUAACGAAGGGAGCAGUGAGGGAGAAGAGGAGGAGGAUGUGGGGGCUGCUCAGAGACAGAAGAGAAAGAAAAAGAAGAAGAAGAAAUCUGGUGGCCAGGAACCUCCUCAGGAAAAGAAGCUUGACAAACCACCUCAGUUGGAUAUAUUUGCGGUAUAAAAGUGUAAUCACUGAUAGUGAAGAACUUUUGAUUUCAGAAAAUAUGUGAAUGGGACUGAUGCUAAUAAGUAAUCCACUAACUUUUCUUGGUGAAAUGAUCACCAAAGUUUUUUUUAUACUAUACAUAGCAAUGAUCUAUGCUACAAUGUAUGUCCCUCCCUGCAGUAUGUAAAGCAGCAACCAGUAAGACCGGUGCUGAACAAAAAAGACACUAAACCGUCCACCAAAGUAUGGAGAAUAUAAUCAUCAUCCACAAUGCUACAAUUGUAUUUCUCUAAUGCAGGCUGUUUCAGCCACAGCACGGAAUGUACUCGACUCGACAGCACCAUCCACAAGACGAGGGAAAGAAAGAGAGCAGCCGAAAGCUAAAAAGCCUACCCACCUAAGAAAGGUUAUUGAGAAGGAGAAGGCAGCAAAGAAAGAGCUAAGGGAACAAGGACAGGAAAUUCCUAAUGACUUUGAUGUGAUGAGACAACCUGGAACUGACCAAUCAGAUCACAGCAAUGUCCCUGCCGCCAAUGGUGAAAUAAUCGAUACAAAUACAGGCCAGGAAUCUUUGACCACACCAACCCAUCAAUCACCAGAAACCACACCCACUGCCACACCCACCCAUCAAUCACCGGAAAUCACGCCCACUUAUGACAUAAUCCCUGCUCCUUCCACUGCACCUGUCUCUCAACCAUCACCCAGUACUUCAGCAGUCACUGAAGCUGGUUCAGCAAUACAGAAACGACAAGUUCAUGGCAAAAGAUUCAGAGAAUAUUGUUCUCACAUGGUGACUGAUGAGGUAAACAGAGCUGCAGAGGCCCUGCUCCUGGAUCUGGUACGGUUCCAGGACAGAGCCUACCUCAAGGACCCCAUCAAGGCCAGGAGCAAACGACGCUAUGUCUGCGGGCUACGAGAGGUCUACAAACAUCUCGAAGUGGGGAAACUGAAGUGUGUAAUUGUUCCUCCCAACCUGGACCACAUACAAUCUACUGGAGGGAUAGACGAGCGUAUAUCAGCCAUCCUAAGUCUGUGUCAGAGUAAGCAGGUGCCUGUUGUGUACGCCAUGUCUCGCAGGAAGCUGGCCAUUGUCCUGAAGAAGAAAUUCAAGAUUGGUUGCGUUGGGAUUUUCAGCUAUGAUGGAGCUGAGGGCCACUAUAGAAAACUGAGGAAACUCGUGGAAGAAGCCACUGAGCUCUAUCAAAGAGUAGCUCAUCCCAUGCCCCCCAGGGGACCCACCGAGGACGAAAUUUCACCCACUACCAACGAUCCCCUACUCUCGGGGUCUGGUAGUGACAAUAGUGAGGAGACUGGGAAUGGGAAUCAGAAAACAACAACAGAUGCUUUGUGGGAUAAAUACCUUCCUAAGAAGAGUGUUCCAACUGACCCACCCAUCUAUACAAUAUCACAACAUGUCAACAGUGAUGUCACUGGUAUUUCAACAGCAAUAGAGGAUGACAUCGUUGGCUCUAAACAGGUAGAGAGUACAUACGACAGUCAGUUGUCAACAAUAUCCGUUGAGGAGUCGGGAACCGCCGGGACCACUAGUUCGCUGGUGUUGGCUGGGGGACAUGCUGGUGUUGUACCAGCCGAUGGCUGUGUGUUUACCCCCAGCACAACUGUCUUUCAGUGGAACAUUAAUGCAGCCGAAUUCAUUCCUUCAUGAGA